AUGAGGGAUCCGCACACACACACGCAUACACUCACACAUCUCUCAAUCGGCGCCCUCUCUCCCUCGGAAAUUUCGCCACCGCGAACGCUCCUCCUCCGGCGAGAAACCGACGACCGGUCCUCUCCCUCUACCUACACAACACACGCACCCAGCGGCUGCGCCGCCCAGCCCUCUCUCCUUCACGCAGCAGGCGCAACCGCCGCGGAGCGCUGCUGUCUCCGGCGUCCUCGCAGCAGAUCCGCCGUCGCCUCCCUCGGUUUCUCUCUCGGCGACAACAGCCGAGCCACCGUCGCCGCCGCGCCUGGUUCAUCUUCUCCAGCCGAAGGCUGGAGCCACCACGACCGGUGCCGCUUCCGUCGACUCACCACAUCAUCUUCCUCUCUCCUUUGCCUCGGUUUCCUCUCUCUCGACUCCGGCAGUAGCAGCUUUCGUAGCCACCACCACCGCCGUCGUCCUCCGCCGAACAGCCCCGCUGUCCAGCCGCUCACCACCAUCUCAGCCCCGACCAUCUCUCUCAAACCUUUUUCCCUCGCUCGUUCUUCUCUGUUAACGGAAACAGGACAGCAGACGCCCCGCCGUGGUUGGAGUCAACGGCGGGUCUGCCGCCGCCACGCCAUCACCGGCGAGCUUCCCGGGCCGCCGACUUCUGCCCUCGACACUCACACACAUACACAUGGGCUUAGCACAAAAAUUUAACCACAAUUAAAAGUAGGAUUAGGGCAGAUUUGUAUUACUAAACUGUAAAUUGUUUAAUGACAAUUUCUUAUUAAAGCUUCUAGAUCUGUAAAUUAUUAUUCUUCCUUCAGUUAUCUGUACAGUAAUUUCAAUUCAAGAACAACUCAUAACGUAUUCAUAG